AUGACAGCAGUGAACACCAGACUGGCAGCCAUUGAGACUGAAGUAAAGAAUCUGGACAAAGAGAUCAGAGCAGCACCCAAGGUGGCUUUCUCAGCAGCUCUGACUAACUCAGGAUACAUAGAGUCUGGGGAAAAUAACCUGAAUCUAGUGUUCAGUAGAGUCUUCACCAAUGUCGGACAGGCCUACAGCAGUGUGUCUGGUUUCUUCACUGCUCCAAACAAGGGGGUCUACUACUUCAGGUUCAACGUCAUGGAUUUACUAACCACACGUAGUAUGAAUAUCAGGAUGAAUAAGAAUGGACAGCAUCUCGUGGACCUGUGGGAGCGUGACACUGAUGGGCAGCCCUCCGAUCUGUCCAGUGGUCUGACUCUGCAGCUGGAGGAGGGAGAUGUAGUCAACAUGGUGCUCACAGCAGGCCACAGUCUGCACGACGAUGGUCAUCAUAAUUACUGCACCUUUAGUGGCUUCCUGAUCUUCCCUCUCUGA